AGAAUAAGCCGGGGUUUUUAAAUAAUAAUUUUGAGGCGGUGUGACGGGGGAAUCCCCCAAUCGCGUCAUCAGUAGGCGUGGAGGGGCGGGACUCGGUAGGCUGGGGCUGGGCUUUUAGAGCACCGGCGUAGCCGCUCGGAGCCUUUGCGCCCCUCCCGCGGUGUUUUUCCCGUGGCCUGGGUUUGCCCCGCGCGUGUCUGUGGAGGGCGGAAACAGCGGACGGGUCAGUCUCCUGGAGAAGAGGCCUAAUCCUCGCCCACCAUGUCCGGGGGCUUCGAGCUGCAGCCGCGGGACGGCGGUCCCCGGGUGGCCCUGGCGCCCGGGGAGACGGUGAUUGGCCGCGGGCCGCUGCUGGGAAUAACAGACAAGAGAGUAUCCAGAAAACAUGCCAUUCUUGAGGUGGUGGGUGGUCAGCUGCGAAUCAAACCGAUACACACAAAUCCAUGUUUUUAUCAGUCUUCAGAGAAGAGUCAGCUCGUACCAUUGAAGACAAAUCUAUGGUGCUAUUUGAAUCCUGGAGAUAGUUUUUCUUUGUUAGUUGACAAAUACAUUUUCCGCAUUCUCUCUAUACCCUCUGAAAUGGAAAUGGAAUGUACCUUAAGAAACAGUCAAAUGCUUGAUGAAGAUAAUGUACUGAAUGAAACACCAAAAUCCCCCAUUAUUAAUUUACCUCAUGAGACUACUGGUGCCUCACAACCGGAAGGAAGUGCAGAAAUAGCCAAGACCCAGAUGACUACCACAAAUAGUGUGUCUUUCCUAGGUGAAUGUAGAGACUUCAGUAAGCAGCAGCCAGUCCUUGCCGAGAGGAAAAGGAUCCUUCCAGCUUGGAUGUUAGCAGAACAUUUAAGUGAUCAAAACCUUUCAGUACCAGCAAUCAGUGGAGGUAAUGUAACCCAGGGAAGUGGAAAAGAAAUAGUCUGCAAAGAUAACACCCAACCAAACAUACCACAGCAAGGAAGAGGGCAAUUAAUUUCUGCAGGAAGUUCAGAAAAUACAUCAGCAGAACAAGACACAGGAGAAAAGCGCAAAAAUGCUGAUCAGGAAGAGUCUGUCAUUUCAACCAAGGAAAUGCCACAAUCAUUUUCUGCAGUCACAUUAAGUAAUGCAGAGAUGAAUAAUAUUAAGACUAAUACACAGAGAAAUAAACUUCCAAUAGAGGAACUUGGUAAAGUUUCUAAACGUAAAAUUGCCACCAAAAGAAAGCCACAUAAAGAUGAUGAUGCAGUGAGCUGUUUUGAGAAUUGUUUGAGUGCCCAGGGCGAGUCAUCCCGGGAUGAGUCUCAAGGGUCUCAUCCUGAGUCCAGCUCUAAUCCCUCCAAUUCAGUUCUACAAGGUUCUGAAGAAAACAAGGUCAAGAGGACAUCCUGCAUGUAUGGGGCAAACUGCUAUAGGAAGAAUCCUGUUCAUUUUCAAUGUUUUAGUCAUCCUGGUGAUAGUGAUUAUGGAGGUGUACAAAUCGUGGGCCAAGAUGAGACUGAUGACCGGCCUGAAUGUCCCUAUGGACCAUCCUGUUACAGGAAGAAUCCCCAGCACAAGAUAGAAUACAGACAUAGUAUGCUUCCAGUCUUCUGUUUUUCAGUGAGAAAUGUUUUAGAUGAAGAUAAUGAUAAUGUUGAGGAACCCAAUGAGUAUGACCUGAAUGACAGCUUUCCAGAUGAUGAGGAAGACGACUAUGAGCCAACAGAUGAAGAUUCUGACUGGGAACCAGGAAAAGAAGAUGAAGAGAAGGAAGACAUGGAAGAGCUUUUGAAAGAAGCAGAAAAGUUUAUGAAAAGAAAAAGAUAACUCAUUUCUGUAGUCAUAUGUACCUUACAUUUACUACUUCUUUGUGGGAAAACAUUUAUGAACUAAGGAGGUACUUAAGUGACAGUUAUUUUCCUUCUUUUGAUAAUGACUUUUACUACUGACUCUUUACAAAUGAGGCAUUGAAAUGUCAGCCUUCAGUAUAGUGGAUGGAAUUUAUUUUAUUGCCUUGCCUUUUUUUUGUCCUACUUAAGCAUAUGGAAAUAGGAAGAGAGAGAAGGCAAAGUAAAAAUGGAUGUUUUUAAUGUGCUUUGUAUAUUGGUAAUAAAAAGUAAAAGCCAUAGGUUG